GGUACUACAGUGCGGAAGUGCCCCAGUUCGCUGCUGGCGCUGAGGACAUUAAAUUAGUAGCUCGAGGUUUUCUUCUCCAAUGCCGCCAUGAGCAUCCCAGGGCUGAGCGAGUGUGUGCGGGAAUGGGAGGAUCUGCAGAGCCACUACCAGGAGAUGCAAGAUACACAUAAGUUGUACAAGCAGAAAUUGGAGGAAGUUACAAAAUUACAGACACGCUGCGCUACGUCUAUUACAAGGCAGAAAAAGAAACUCAAGGAACUAUCCUAUGAUUUGGGAAAGUGCAAAGCUUCCCACAAAAAUGACAAUGAAGAAGAAACCAUCAAAGACUUGCAUAGUAAUAUUAAGACGCGAGAGAAGACCUUCUUUGAAAUGGAGUCUUUUCUUCCAAAGAAAAAUGGGUUGUAUUUAAGCCUCGUACUGGGGAAUGUCAAUGUGACCCUUCUAAGCAAACAGGCUAAGUUUGCUUACAAAGAUGAGUAUGAGAAGUUUAAGCUGUAUCUCACCAUGAUACUCUUGGUACUUUCCUUUAUUUGUCGUUUCUUACUAAACUCCAGGGUAACAGAUGCUGUGUUUAACUUCCUCCUGGUUUGGUAUUACUGUACCCUCACUAUACGAGAAAGCAUAUUAAUCAACAAUGGAUCCAGAAUUAAAGGAUGGUGGGUCCUCAACCAUUAUGUGUCCACAUUUCUUUCAGGAGUUAUGUUGACCUGGCCAGAUGGGCUGAUGUACCAAAUGUUCCGAAACCAGUUUCUUUCAUUCUCUAUGUACCAAAGUUUUGUUCAGUUUCUCCAGUAUUACUACCAAAGUGGUUGUCUGUAUAGACUGAGAGCUCUUGGGGAAAGACACAACAUGGACCUAACAGUUGAGGGAUUUCAGUCUUGGAUGUGGAGGGGAUUGACUUUCCUUUUGCCAUUUCUUUUCUUCGGGCAGUUCUGGCAGCUUUACAAUGCAGGCACCCUCUUUCAGCUAGCUACACAUCCACAGUGCAAAGAAUGGCAGGUGAUCAUGUGUGGAAUCCCAUUCCUUAUCCACUUUUUGGGGAAUUUCUUCACCACUUUACGUGUUGUGCACCAGAAGAAGUUUCAAAAACAAAAUGAGGACCAGAAAGAUAAAUGAAAUUGUUUUGGCACACUGGUCCCACUCAUGAGCAGUAAUCAAACUGUUACAUAGUCGACCAUAACUACCACAAUUGGCAAAUGCAGAAAAGGUCCCUGUUGCCUCAUUAUAUGUCUGAAAGGGGCAAUGUUAUAACAUGAAAAGUAAAAAGUUUAACACUCCUUAGCUGCAACUGACCAUGCUAAGAAACUUGUGCUAAAUUUGUUAUUGUUAAGUAUAAUUGGAUCUUUAAUUUAUUGAUUAGUUGUUUUUGUCAGUGACGUAUCUUUCAGUAUAAACGUAUUCUCAGCUGCCAUCCUUUAUUAACCUGAUCAUGUGAUCUGGUCCCAUGUUAUGCAGCACCUACAAACUGACAUGAUUUGUGCAUAUCAUGAUAUGAAGACAUAAAUGUGCUGAACAAAGUAUUUCAUCCUUGAGAUUCAAGAAAUUGACUGUGUAUUUCUGUUUCUCACCUUUGUGUUUACCAAUAAAGGGAUUCACAACAUAUCUGAGAGGGACACAUGAUGUUUCUCACAGCAUCCAGCAACUUACCUUUUACAUGAAUCUGUGCCGUCCAUAAAUCCAUACUCCAUUGUUCAAAUAAAACGAUUCCAGAAGUC